AUGGAUGUAAUGGACGUGGACCCACUGAGCGUAGUGAAAUUUACUUUGAAAUACAGUCGAGACUAUCAAGAAGCAACUGAGAAGGAGGUUGAAGAUGCAUAUGAAGCAUAUAAAGAAUUCUUUUAUAAAUAUCAUCAAGACAACCCUGGAACAACCACGGAUUGUUAUAAGGAAUAUCUUAAAGCUCUUGGUAAACAAGUUGGGGUGUUAUUAGUUGGCAGAACAGAGUC